GGGGGCGAUAGUGAGCAGGAGUGCUCCAUGGAGAAGGAUCACGUCACUACGCUCUAACAGUACGCACGCGCCGGUGUGUUUUAAGCUUUUCAGCUCCGUUUAGUUCUCAUUCUGCAGCUCCGCUCACGAGAGCUGCAGAAAUAUAAAUUAUUAUGUUGUUUUUGUUAAUAGAUUAAAUAAAACAUGCCAAAGUGUGUGAAAAAGUCCUGCACCGCUCAGAGCACGAUCAGCGCUUAUUUUGGAUCACUAAGCAGUGCUUCAAACCCUGAACACAAGGAUAAACAAAGUGCAUCCAGUCCUUUGGCUUUUAAAAAUAAGCACAAACUCACCUCUAACAACAAGUCUGAUAGAAAUAAUAAUGAUCCUGGAGGUGGUCCACCAAAACGUUCCAAACUACCCCUCAGAAAACAGGAAGAGGAGAAAGAAUCUACCUGGAACAAUGCAGGUGCAGUGCACAGCAGGGAUGUUCUAUCAACCACUGAUGGGGGCUUAUGCACAUCCACCUUGGAAAAAUUAAGAGAUUUUUGCUACAAAGAUGAAGCUGAACAUAAUGGUGUACAAAAGGAUGGGACUGGAACUGGCAUUUGUACAUUUCAACCCUCAGGAUCUAAACAAGACAAUGAAAUGGAGAAAGAAGAAACUGAGGACAUUCAAGAGGACAAUAAGACAAACCUGGUGCUGUUUGCCAAUUCUGGACUUGAGAGAAAAAGUAGAGAGGCUGCCCUUCCAGCUGAAAGCACAUCCCUGUCCAGGCGCUCAAAGAGUGUUUACACUCCUCUGGAGCAGCAGGUGAUUGACCUGAAGCAGCAUCACCAAGAUGUCCUGUUGGCCAUCGAGUGUGGAUACAAGUACAGAUUCUUUGGAGAGGAUGCAGAGAUUGCUGCAAAGAUUCUCAGUAUCAGCUGCUACUCUGAUCAUAAUUUUAUGACAUGCUGCAUCCCGACACAUCGCCUUUUUGUUCAUGUUAGAUGCCUUGUGGCACAUGGGCACAAGGUUGGUGUAGUGAAACAAACUGAGACAUCUGCGAUCAAAGCCUCAGGAGCUAAUAAGAAUGCUCUGUUCACUCGAGAACUAACGGCUCUUUACACAAAGUCCACUUUAGUGGGAGAAGAUGUGAACCCCAUGUGUAAGUUUGAGGAUAUACCUCAGGGCUGCAGUGAUGGCGCUGGCAUGGACCCUCCUCACAGCUUCUUACUCUGCAUCAGUGAAAAUUGGGACAAACAACACAAGCAGCUCAUUGUUGGCCUUGUGGCUGUGCAGCCCAGCACUGGGGACGUGUUCCUGGAUUGUUUUUCUGACAGUUCGUCUCGCUCUGAGCUGGAGGCCCGAGUUCUGAAAAUAAACCCUGUGGAGAUCCUGGUGUCUUCUGACCUCUCAGAGCUCACACACAAACUGCUCCACAGCGUCACCACUGCCAGCCUCCACGCUGAUGACCGAGCACGACUUGAGACCAGAGACAGUGCUCAGUUUGAGUUCAGCACUGCAAUGGAUACUGUCACCAAGUUCUACGCCCAGAGCCAGGACAAAGACUCUCACUCUCUUUCAAGCGUUGCAUCCUUAGAGAGCCCGGUUAUCUGCUGUCUGGGGCCGCUCAUCCAAUACCUCAAAGAAUUCAACCUGGAGAGAGUUCUUAGAAGUGAAUGUCAUUUUCAGCGUCUACUCAGUGGAUCAGAAACUAUGACACUUGGUGCUGCCACCCUUAAGAACCUGGAAGUCCUAAGAAACCAGACAGAUGGGUUGGUGAAGGGCAGUCUGCUGUGGGUACUGGACCACACUCGUACUGCGUUUGGACGAAGAUUAAUGAGGAAGUGGGUGAGCCAGCCGCUUAUGGACUCACAGUCCAUCUCAGACAGACUGGAUGCCGUGCAGGAGCUCCUGGAGUCAGACUCUGUCACAUUAACGUCUCUUAAAUCAUUGCUGUGGCAUUUACCUGAUGUAGAGCGAGGCAUUUGCAGCAUAUAUCACAGAAAGUGCUCCACACAGGAGUUUUACCUGGUCACCAGUGCACUGUCGAAUUUCGGGCUCAGACUGGAGGCCCUGUUACCAGCUGUCCAGUCCCAGGUCACCUCUCCUCUGCUGCAGAGUCUUUUGCUCGACACUCCCGACCUGUUGGCACCUGCUCAUGGUGUCAUCAAGGUGCUCAAUGAAAAUGCUGCAAAAACGGGAAACAAAACUGAGUUGUUCUCAGAUUUGUCAGAUUUUCCAGUGCUUCAGGAGCGGCAAGAGCAGAUUCAGGCAGUGUUCAGCGAGAUCCAGGACCACAUUUAUGAAGUCCAAACGGUGCUAAAGAACCCGUCUCUCAGUUAUAAGACUGUGUCAGGCCAAGAGUUCCUAAUUGAAGUGAGGACUUCUCAAGUUUCCGCGAUACCCGCUGACUGGACAAUCGUUAGUAGCACCAAGACAAUGGUCAGAUAUCACUCCCCUUUCCUGGUGGAGCAUUAUAAGAAGCUACAGCAGCUCAGGGAGCAGCUGCAGCUGGAUUGCCAGAGGGAAUGGGUCCGAUUCUUGGAUGAGUUUGGGGAGCACUAUCACACUAUAAAAAGAGCUAUUAGUCACCUAGCAACCAUGGACUGUCUAUUUUCAUUGGCUGAGGUGGCUAAGCAAGGAGACUAUUGCAGACCUGUAGUGAGCAGCAGUGAACAGCAAAUUAUCAUCCGAAAUGGUAGACAUCCCAUCAUAGAUCUUCUAAUGGGAGAGCAAAGCCAGUAUGUGCCCAAUGACACAGAACUACAGAGUGACGGCAGGAGAGCCAUGAUAAUCACGGGUCCAAACAUGGGCGGGAAAAGCUCCUACAUCCGACAGGUGGCUCUCAUCUGCAUCAUGGCUCAAAUGGGUUCCUACGUCCCAGCCACCGAAGCCCGUCUGGGUCUUCUGGACGGCAUUUACACCAGAAUGGGGGCCUCAGACGACAUCUACAGUGGCCAAAGUACUUUCAUGCAUGAGCUGAGUGAAGCCUCCGACAUUAUUUUCCGAGCGACUGAGCGCUCACUGGUGAUCCUGGACGAGCUGGGCCGUGGCACCAGCACACACGAUGGGAUGGCCAUAGCUUAUGCUACACUGGAAUACUUCAUCACACAAGUCAAGGCUUUUACUUUGUUUGUGACGCAUUACCUUCUUCUGAGCGAGCUGGAGCGACUGUAUCCUCAACACGUCUUCAACUGCCACAUGGCUUUUCUGCUAAACAAGCCUGACGUUGUAAUUGCAGAUGACGAUGUCCAGCUUGAGUUCAUUACCUUCCUGUAUCAGUUGAGUGGAGGUGCGGCAGAGCGGAGCUACGGUUUGAACGUGGCCCGAUUGGCGGAUAUUCCUGGCGCUAUCCUGAACACUGCGGCUUAUAAGGCCCGUGAGCUGGAGAAUAUGGUCAAUAAUAAAAGAAAGAAUAAGAAACUCCUCAAAGAUUUAUGGAAGAUUUCAGACAAAAAUGCACUGAUGGAGUGGCAGAAGUUGAACGACUCCUCCUAGAAGCUCGACACUGAGCAUCCAAGAACAUCAGAAAAGAACCAAGAAGUCUUCCAUAAGCUUUGUUAUAUUUGUACUUGCAUUAAUACUGCGUAGAGAAGAAUCAAUUAUACAUCAACUUCAUAAUGUCUCACCUCACAGUGUCAGUUUUUGGAGAAUAAACUUGUAUGAAAUGUAUGUGUCUCAUUGUUCUUGUGAUGUUUUAGUGCUUCUGGGACAGAAGAGUAUUCUCUUAAUGAAACAUAAUUACAACAUUCUUUUAACAUUCUAAGUUUAAAUGAAACUGAUUUUAAACAUUGAGUGUGCACUGUCACUGUUCAAAUAGUCUCUGUUUCACAUCCUUCAGUGUGACGGGCUUCAGCCUUCACACAGAAUGACAGAGGAUGCUCUAACAUGAAAGCCUUCUCCUCCAGGAGCUGUCAGCAGUUUGGUCUAUGGCCAUUUUACUCCCCUAUUCUCAAUUUUACAAAUGUCCUUUGCAC